GUAGAUGUAUCGGAAUUAGAGGUGCGGAAUGAAGUAACCAGACAUACUGCGGCGGCGAUCUGAAUUUACGAACUGUAGCGUCUGGAAUUCGCGUCGCAGGGUGGAUGGACCCAGACGUAGCGUCCGUGUGGCAUGGCGUCCGCAGGAGGACAGACCGUCUGCCACUGGCGAUGGGCUCUGGAGCAACACUGCAGGACGGGAGGUUGCCUGUGCAGCCCCCCCACCAACAUGCCCUGCUUAUCUCCACUUCGGUAAUCAAAAGGCAAAGGCGUCUUUGAUCCAGACGACGAGGAAACAAAAACAGGCACUAGACAGACAAUGGUGUCACCUGAUGUCGUUGGAUUUUCUCUUAUGUUGUCCUCUAUGGGGAGCAACUGACAAAUUGACAGCUUUGGCAAGUUUGAUCCUGCUCCUCCAGUAGCUUUCAGUCCUGUUUUUCUGAAUGUGUCAGUGCAUGCUGAUCCGUCUCUCUAUUGCCCCCUGGUGGAGGCCGAAGCAAUAACAGCGACGGACUUCGCGCAUUAUGGGAGCCUCCAGUGGCACACGGCCAGUGGGCUUCACUUCUACCACAGCCCCUGUCGAGGCUGCCCUGCUCCGGGGGUGGCCAGCCUGGCCGCUAAAUGCCUCAGUCAACCUGAACCAGAGCCUCCUGCUGGGGGCAGAGCCGGCCACCAAUCUCUCAGCAGCCCGUGCCAGCGUUCCGAUAGCUGAACGUGAGAAGAACUGGCCAGCCCUGUUAUUCCUGGUCGUCAUCUUUCUCACAGUCGGCGGUAACAUCCUGGUGAUUCUGGCGGUGUCCCUGGAGAAGAGGCUGCAGAACGCCACCAACUUCUUCCUACGUUCAUUGGCCGUGGCGGACAUGCUGGUCGGCAUCCUGGUGAUGCCUGUGUCCCUCAUUAACAUCCUGUACGACUACGUUUGGCCCCUGCCGAGUGCCCUCUGCCCCAUAUGGAUCUACCUGGAUGUUCUUUUCUCUACGGCCUCCAUCAUGCACCUGUGCGCCAUCUCGCUGGACCGCUACGUGGCCAUCCGGCACCCCAUCCAGCACAGCCGCUUCAAUUCCCGCACCACGGCCAAGCUAAAGAUCGCGGCGGUGUGGACCAUCUCCGUAGGGAUCUCCAUGCCCAUCCCCGUGAUCGGCCUGCACAAUGAGGACCAGGUGUUUGUGAAUGGCAGCUGCGCGCUGAACGAGGAGCGCUUCAUGCUGGUGGGCUCCUUCGUGGCCUUCUUCAUCCCGCUGGUCAUCAUGGUGGUCACCUACUGCCUGACCGUGCAGGUGCUGCAGCGACAGGCGUCCGUCUUCCUGCAUGAGGAACCGCCCCCACCUGCCCAGGCCCUGCCCACACGGCGGCCCAGCCUUAUCUGCUUAAAGGUGGAGCCCGCCCACGGCGUCACACCCCCAGACAGUAUCUCCAUUCUCCCUAGCUCGGGGGCGGCCUCACAGAUGAGCUCCCCUGCUGGCCGGGACUCCAGCUCCUAUGGGAGGCGGGGCAUGAUGCACGCCAUUAAGAAUGAGAGGCGGGCCUCUAAGGUGCUGGGCGUGGUUUUCUUCCUCUUCCUGGUCAUGUGGUGCCCGUUCUUCAUCACCAAUGUGACCUACGUGCUCUGCCGCGCCUCGUGCAAUGGCCCCCUGCUGGCCGAGCUGCUCAACGUCUUCGUCUGGGUGGGGUACAUCUCCUCGGGGGUGAAUCCUCUGGUCUACACACUCUUCAACAAGACCUACCGCCGCGCAUUCUCCAACUACUUGCGCUGCCGUUACGGUGAGGUCGAGUUCAAGCCCCUCCCCUGCCCGCCGCACAGUCUCACGCCUGCCAGCCUUUGUGGGAAGGGGGGCGUCGACCGCAACAGUAACUGCCGCAAUGGGGACCCAGCAGAAACCCUAGGGCUGGACCACGCUGAUAAGGCAUUGGAGAUGCGUCCAUGCAUGUCUGAAGCUUCCAUUAACAGCUGCCAUACCCCCACCGAGCACACCAGCUGUGUUUGAUUGGACACCUGACAGCCCACUUGUGAUUGGUUGAGGCAAUAUAGCCACUCCCAUUGCUUCCCGAUGUGUUCAUUGAGGACACAUGAAGAAAACCUUGGUUGCUGUUGGUUUUGGAUGCUUCUACAGGAAUGAGGGCAUGUAUAUACCCAUCAAAAAUGAACCCCCUCUACUCAUGGGGGGCACAGUAUUACUGACUGAUACCAUUUUUUAUUGUUUUUUUGUCUGGGAAUUGAUCGUUAUUGAUUGUGAUGCUAGCUAACUGUACCAUUUUUCUCACUAAAGCUAAAUUUACUUUCAAACCUCUGGGACAUUUUAGAGGUUUUUUGUUUCACUUCCAGUGUAUUGGGUUUGAAGCACACAGUGCCAGUGUUGUGUUGUGCCGCUCAGCAUUCACAGUGUCACAGUGCCCUUGUGUGGCAGCAAGGUUGAAUUACACUUUGAAACAGAUCGAGUGCUUCAAUACCAGCAGUGUCCAUCUAGCACACUGGAGACCAAAGCCGGGUGAAGGGAACAAAAUGGGGACAGGAUGGGGCUGUGGGGGCGAGGACGUUUGGACCAUCUGUGAAGAAGGAGAUACUGGAAAAUCAGAAAGGUGGUUAAUAGCAGUUCAGGGAAAACGGCACCUUGUGAGCCAAAGGUCACUGAUUUGUACCCAGUACUAAAACUCAGAAGAUUUUUUUUCAACUGUAAUUAGCUAGAGUUACAUCAGUUAUAUCAUAUAGACCCACACCAGUACAGGGAUGCCCUUAUCAUGGUGAACCAGGCCGUUAAGGUCAGAGGGUGGGCAGCUAGCUGACAGUUUAAUGCCUCUAGAGGAGAGGGUAGUGUCCUGGCUCACUAUGAAAAGCAUGGCUAACGCUAGCAGGAAACCAGUCAGGACUGCGAUUGGCUAGUUGUUUGCAGUGACGCGUGCCUCUCCUCCAACCAUGACUGAUUCUCCUUAGUGUAACCUGCAGUGUAGCAGACAGCAGGGUUGUGUGCCCUCUAGCCCAGCAGAUGAUGUUGCAGAAGGGCAGGUGUAAAAUAUGGCAGCUGAACUAGUGUUAAACUGAGGAAAGAGUAAAUACAGGCCGGAGAGGAGAGGAGAGGAGAGGAGAGGAGAGGAGAGGAGAGGAGAGGAGAGGAGAGGAGAGGAGAGGAGAGGAGAGCCAGGCAAAGGGAUCCUGGUCCAAUCUUGUCAGGACCUCACCCAGCCAAAGGCAGCAGUGGGCAAAGAAGAACAACCAAUACUUCACAGAUCAAACAUGCAAGAGCAACAGCUUAGCUUUGGGCAGAGGAAGACGUAGUCUGUCAUAAGGACAAUCCCUGAGAUACAAUGAGGAAAUUUACAAAGCACUGGCCACACAAAACAAAUGGUCUAUUAUAUGUAAACACAUAUACUUCUAAAUUCCAUCCAUCUAUCUGCCAGCCCCUUAUCCUGGUCAGGGAGGUGGGGGGGAAGGGUUGUCGUUAAUUCUAAGCAGUAUUAGGCACAAGACAGGGAAACACCGUGGAUGGGAACCAAAUCCAUCACAGGGAACACACACACAGACACACCUACAAAACUCACAGUCACACCCUAAGAGCAGUUCAGAGAUGCCAGGUAGCCUAACUUUGUGUCUUUGGACUGUAGAAGGAAACUGGAGUACCCAGAGAAAACUGGCAUGGGGAGAGCCUGCGAGCCGCACACGCAGAAGGGGUCUAUACUUCUAUAUAUUUAUUCAUAAUUCUUCCAACUGGAGUAUAAAGACUGGGUCUCAUUUCU